GGUGAAAUGAUAUGGAGAAGAAAUGGGGAAGUGUACGUCACAAAAUGGAAGGACAAGCGAGAUGUUCUAUCAAUUACUACAGCACAUCAUCCCCAAUUGGUUGAAGCUUCAAAUCGUUUUGGUGAAACAAAAUUGAAACCAAAGGAUAUAGAAGAUUACAACAAUAAUAUGGGUGGAAUCGAUCGUCUGGAUCAAAUGACUGCAUACUAUAGCUCUCCCCGUAAGACGAUAAGAUGGUACAAAAAAGUCCUGUUUCAUUUACUUGACAUGGCUGUGUGGAACUCAUAUUUUUUGUAUAGAAAACUUCAUGAAAAGACCACUUUCCUCGAAUUCAGAGACUCGCUAAUCAUGUCACUGAUACAGCUUCCACGUAAUGUCUUAGAGGGAAGACAACUUGUUGACAUGAUACCCUCCUUGGGUCGUCCCAUUUCUAAUUUGGGUGAACCACAACCUGGAGUUGGACAACUCACAGAUCCACACAUCAUGGAGAAAAUACCUAUGCCGGAAGCUCACCAGCCGUCAUACUACCAACGUUGCAAAUUCUGCGCUGAAAAAAAGAUACGCAAACAAACCUGCUAUCGAUGUAACAGCUGUCCUGCGAAACCACCAAUUUGUGCCGAAUGUUUCAAAGAAAAACACGAAUAAUUUUAGGUUGUUUACAUCUAUUAUCACAUUUGACUCGAGCAAAAUUUGCUCGAUUGUAAUUCGAAUUGAUUUAUCGAAAUAAACAUUUAGUGUUUCCACUAAAA